CCGGAGCGAGGGCAGAGACAAGGAUCGGAGUGGAGGAGCAAGGGCGAAGGAGAUCAUAGUAGAGGAGAGCAAAGAAUAAUAGUAAUAAUUUCUGUGUAGUCCUUUGGCUAGGGACAUUUCGCUUCUUAUAGGUAUCUUCGCUUGGGAGAAGAAGGCGCAAGGGAGCGCAAGGACAACUUUGGUUGCUGGAUUUCUUUGGCUGGCGAGGAUGCCUUUUCUGGGCCAGGACUGGCGCUCCCCGGGGCAGAACUGGGUGAAGACGGCGGAUGGUUGGACGAGGUUUCUGGCCGAGAGGGAGAACAGCAGCGGCAGCUUCGCCAGCGAGCGGAACAGUUACUGCCGAAAAGAGGACUACAAUAAGGAGAAUAUUUUGAAUAGCAUGAACUGUGAUGUUGCUGUGAAGAAGAGAAAGAAGGACCAGCUGAACAACAAGACAAAGAUUCAGUAUUUUCACCAAGAAAAGUGGAUUUAUGUGCACAAAGGAAGCACAAAAGAGCGACAUGGCUAUUGCACUCUUGGAGAAGCGUUCAAUAGGCUGGAUUUCUCAAGUGCCAUCUUGGACUCAAGGAGAUUCAACUACGUUGUCCGGCUGUUGGAGCUGAUAGCAAAGUCUCAGCUAACGUCACUGAGCGGAAUUGCCCAGAAAAACUUUAUGAACAUCUUGGAAAAAGUAGUGCAGAAAGUCUUGGAGGAUCAGCAGAAUAUCCGGCUAAUCAGGGAAUUGCUGCAGACUCUGUAUCUGUCUCUGUGCACUUUGGUCCAAAGCGUUGGCAAGUCUGUCCUGGUUGGCAACAUCAACAUGUGGGUCCAUAGGAUGGAGACGAUUCUUCACUGGCAGCAGCAGCUGAACAAUAUCCAAAUCACCAGGCCUGCCUUUAAGGGCUUGACUUUUACAGACUUGCCCUUGUGUUUGCAACUGAACAUCAUGCAACGCCUGACAGAUGGCAGAGACCUGGUGAGCCUUGGGCAAGUAGCUCCAAGUCUUCAGGUGCUCAGUGAGGACCGGCUGCUGUGGAAAAAGCUUUGCCACUACCAUUUCACAGACAGACAGAUUCGUAAACGGCUAAUCAUGUCGGAGAAGGGGCAUUUGGAUUGGAAGAAGAUGUAUUUCAAGCUUGUGAGGUGCUACCCAAGGAAGGAGCAGUACGGCGAUUCUUUGCAGCUCUGUAGACACUGCCAUAUCUUGUCUUGGAAGGGCACCGAUCAUCCAUGCACGGCUAACAACCCAGAGGGCUGCUUGACUUCUCUUUCACCCCAGGACUUCAUCAACUUGUUCAGAUUUUGAAUCCCCAAGUAAUUUCACUGUGUAAAUAUUUUGCUAUUCUGAUGGGACACUUUAUACUGCCGAACAGGCCCGCUCAACCUGUAUAAUGUGUGUAAAUAUUACGGCUUUGGAGUUCCUGAGUCAAGAGGACAAGAGGAUUUUAGGAGGCGAAGGGAGUCAUUAUUCAGUGGCAUUGAACUCUUUUUGAGAAUAUGGCCUUCCAACUGAACUGAUAAAUGUGUAAACACUGUAAAUAUAUGAUGCUUUGUAAGAAUCUGAGUGCAAGCAACUGGGGAGAAUCCUUAUUCUGCUUAGGAAAUUCAAAUUUGUUUU